GAGUCCCAGACUGCGCCGACCGUGCGCUCCUCCUCCCUCCCUGCGCCGCCGGCCUCGUCCAUGUCUCAGUACGUCCCCAGCCCGGACUUCAAGAGGGCUUUGGACAGCAGUCCCGAGGCCACCACUGAGGAUGAGAAAACCGAGGAGGACGUGCCCAUGCCCAAGAACUACCUGUGGCUCGCCAUCGUCUCGUGUUUUUGCCCCGCGUACCCUAUCAACAUCGUGGCUUUCGUCUUCUCCAUCAUGUCUCUGAACAGCUACAACAAUGGAGAUGUCGAAGGAUCCAAGCGGCUUGGGAGGAAUGCCAAGUGGGUGGCCAUCGCCUCCAUCAUUAUUGGCCUUCUCAUCAUCGGUGUUUCUUGUGCAGUUCACUUCUCAAGGAAAGCCUGAACAUCCCGUGGUCAGCCUCAAGCAUGGAGGACAGACCUCAUCCACACGCACCCCAAAGGCGUUUCUGAGGAAUGGAUCCUCGACUUUCGACUGUGAGAUCUUUUCCUCCAGGACUCUCCAGAGGCAGGUCCCUGGCAAAUGAACUGAAAAAAGAAAGGUCCAACAUGUAGGAAAACCAAGCAGCACAGCCAAAUCAGCCAAAGCCAUCGAUUUAAAAAAAAAAAAAAAAAAAUUCAAGUCUCACUGUUUCAGUUGAGCAAAAGCCUUUGUAUCCAUUCCUCUUCUCCAGAGGCAAGCCUCGGGACAUCUGAAGACUUUUAAUGGGGGGCGGGGGAGGAUUUCCAGAUUAGGGGUGAGAGGGAGGGUCUAGGAAGAGCAAUGGAUGCUGUUGUUUGCAAUGUCAAGUACAAAUAUUUGCAGCAUGUUUCAAGUUGUGUAAUAGAGCUAAAUUUGUGCUUUUCCUUUUUUUUUUACAUGUUGCCACUUCACUUCAAUCUUCAGUAGCUCCUCCUCCUUCAUCAAAAGCUCAGACGCAGAGGCUUUCUGUUCUUCUGUCGUGGUCUCACUUUUCUUAAUGGCCGCCCUCCCUCGCUGGCAUUCACCUUUGGUCAACUUGACCUCAACUUCACUUUUCGCUCAAGCAGAUGUGAAAACGUACUUAGCGGUCAAUUCUAGGUACACAAGCACCUUCCCCAUCCCAGUUUUGGGAAUAAACUGGCUGUGCUUAUGGAUGGUGCUUUUUUUUCCAAACUCUCUUUUUUUUUUUCUUUCUAGCAAGCCUUUGGUUUUCCUGGAUGCCACCUGGAAAUGCCACCCACUGUAUCUGUUUUCUGUCCAGUGUAAACCCUUUAGGUGUGACGGUACAGGUUUCAUGGCGCUAUUAUUCUGCCCGCCAGAACACGCUGACCCAGUGUUUCCCAGAAUGCAAGACGGACGUACCACGGGUGGGCCACAAGAUAAUUUUUUAAGUCGUUUAUAGACACUGAAUCACAAGGAACAUUUAUUUCCCCUUCUCUAUUCUUUUUCAGUCCUGAUUACAGCAAGGAGAAAGUCUCUGUCUAGUGCGCACACAUCCACACCACCUUUCUGAUACUUUGGCUCUUUUCCCUUCUUAAUAAAGAAGGAGCCGGCCUCUGGUUCAAAGUCUUUGUCUAGACGGAAUUUAAUAACAUGGUUUUGUGUUUGUUGUAUUUCUUUCAUUAAUUACCUUCCAUUUAUGGUUUCCACUGAGGGAUAUGGUAUGGGAUCAUUUCUGUUCAACUAAAUUUACUUAAGAAAAGUAAGUAGACUCAAAGAAAAUAUCAAACAAUUAACACAACAGGUGAUAUGUAUAUAUGGCAAAAAUCACUUCCAAGAAUUAAUAUUAGAAACACAGUGAUAAUGAACUUUCCUAAGCAAGAGAAAAGGCAGCUUGUUCUAAGCGAAUGAACAUAAAGCUUAGAGUUAAAACACCUGAGCGCCCAUGCCCUUUUUUUUUUUUUUUUUUUGCCACUAACUAUGCCAACUGAUUUUAGGCAAAUUUCUUAGCCUCUCUGUGCCUCGAAUUUCUUCAUCUGGAAAAUGGAGAUAAGAACAUCUGCCUACUUACCUCGGUGUUGCUAUGAGAAUUAAUCGCCAUAAUAAAUGUGAACGCCCUUGGAGGGAAACUCUAAGUGCUAUAAAAUACAAAGCGUUGUUCUUAGAUUAUUAUGAAUCUCAGGCAUUGUUAAAAUCCUGGACCCUAGCAAAAAAUAAAUGUUGAUGGACAUCAGACUCCAUCUGUCAUUUCACCCAGUUGUCCGUCAUGAGCCAGCACUCCCCCCAGGAGGACAUUGAAUCAGGGCCACGAAUUCUCAGCACACAGAGAUCCUUGCGCCAUUCCAGUGUAUCAGAUCCUCAUUUCUGUUCCUGACAUCUUGGCUUCUGUUUGUUUGUAUUUGGCUCCCUGAUCUUUUACCCAAGUCAAAUGCAAAGUGUUGCUACUGAGAGGCAGAAUAAAAAUGGUUUUAAGUAAGC